UUGGUACAAGCAAUGGCGGAUCCAGGGGGUGGCCACCUCCUCUGGAUCUAUAGUUAGUAUAUGCCUUAUGAAUUUUUCGAUUUUAGAUAUUCAGGUCAUUGUUAUUUUAAAAUAAGAUUGGGUAUAAUUAGAAAAAUAAUUCAGAUGAACAUAUUCAAAAUCACUACUCUAAAUUUAGCUUAUAAAUUCUAACCCCAAAGGUUAUUUGUCUAAAAAAAACAAUGAAACCUAAAAAUUCAAAAAGUUUAAAACGUAAAAGACUAAAACAUAUAUGAGGUUUGUUACCUUGGAAAAUUUACUAAAGCAGCUGGUGGAUAUAGGGAUGGAAACACAAUGCAAAUUGAUUAGUAGAUUGAUUUGUCUAGUGUUGAUGUUGCUCGAUUCAACAGCUAAUACGAAUAGAACCUUUUCAACAACGAAACAUGUGAAAAUUGAUUUGCGCAACAAAAUGAGCGAUGGAUUUCUAGUCGAUUGCUCAAGUAUUUUAUUUGAAAGAGUGUAUACUAUUGGUAUGGAUGUGGACUCCAUUAUUAAUGCAUUCGCUAAAUUAAAAUACCAUAGUGUACAAUUUACAUUGUAAAAAAAUUAUAAUCAUUAUAUUUUUUACUAUUCUAAUUUUCUAAUAAAAUGCAGCCCAGUGCACUUCUGUGUUCUAGAUUCGCCGGUGGGUACAAGCCCAAUGAAAGAACAGCAGAUUACACAGGGCAAAGAGAAACGUCCAAACAAGUGCAACUGAACAAAAGCCCAUUCCAUUGGACGUUAUUUGUGAAGGAAAGUCCAAAUAUUAAGUGAUCAAAGUUUAGGGUCCGUUUAGUAUAGUUUUGUUGUUGUUGUAGUAUGGUUGUGUAACACAAGAGAAACCACAACAACAUAAAAAUAGAAAACAAAAACAUGUUUAGUUGGUAAUUAUGACAUAUCAUAGAAAUCGACAAUAAAAAACAGAAACACUUUUGGUUCUUUGUAACGAAAUAUCAUAAGAACAUUUCUCAAUAUACAGCAAAGGAAGCAUGGAUUGAGCUGCUGGGAUCAAAAGACCAUUUCUCAAAAUGAUAUGCUUCAAUCUUUUUUUUUUUUUUUGACCAAGAUAUGCUUCAAUCGAAAGAACUAUUCUGAAGAAUUGGAAGAUGGUUUUCCUUGAGCAACAAAUGGAUCAACAAGAAAUAAUUUGCCGGCUUUAAUCUCUGGUGAGCGGCGACUCCUCCUCCUCCGGCAUCCGCGGCCAACACAACUCCACCUGAGAAGGUAAAUUCGUGUAUUCGAUCGAUGGAGCAAAGAGGGCGAUGGAGAGGACGGAGGGGGCGGGCCAGGGCGAGGGUGAGGAACGAGUGACCGGCUAUGUUGUCGCGUGGAAGAGUGAGCGUCAGCUCUGUGCCCGUCGAAGAGAGGAGAGCUCGCGAGGGAAAGAUGAAGCCAGCGACAAGGGAGUGGUGGCGGCUGGGCAGGUGGGGCUCGCGGCGGUGGCUGUUGAGCAGGGGCCUGGUACAACGCGGCGCGGAGGCGGAGCGUUGGGGGCGGCUGAAAGUAAGUAGGGUUUGGGGGUAGUAUGUGUUAAAAAAAAUUGCUUCUGUGGGGAUUCGAAAACUGGUCUAUUUUAAUGAAAUCAAGCGCCCAACCAGCAGGAAUCUCGUGUGCAACAUGUUUAAGAAUCAGAUCCAAAGCUAUAAAUUGUUGUUUCUCAUAUUUGGGCCUUGUUGUGCAACUCUGAUUCACAACAAAAAAUAAAAACCCAACUAAACACGAUUUUUUUUUCUUGGUUUUCCAAAUUUCUUAAAACACAACAGGAAAUAAAAACAAGCAACAAUACUAAACGGGCCUGUACAAAAGUUACAUUUCAUAAUUGAGGGAUACAUUAGUAAAAGUAGCAUAAUACGGGCCACAAAGUGUUUUUUUAAUGAAUAUACCUGGCACAA